CAUGGCUUGCGCGGGACUGCCCGCCCCAGGGAUUGUGGCGGCUUGCGGCGUUGCGGCAGAUCAAUCGCCAGCAGCGCCAGGUAAUAUCAAUCUAGGAAUCUCUCGAUCGAGCAGCAAUGCGGGCUCCUCGAGCAUGUCCAGGAAGAACUCCAAGAGUUUCCACUCCACGCCGGCGAUGGCGUCGGAUGUGAGCGGCAUUGUCGCCAUUCUCACGAGCGUGGGAGACCGGCCAGAGGCCGAGGCGGCAUUGGCCAAGUACAGCCGGAAUCUCGUCCCCAACACCGUGGGCAGGGUCCUCCAGGUGAUCAAAGACGUCGAUGUCUCGCUCUUCUUCUUCCGCUGGGUCACUCGCUCGCACCGGGGAGAGUCCAUCCACAACAAUUUCACUUGCAAUUGCCUGCUGCGAACGCUCGUCAAGGCCCGGCGCCACCACCAGGCAUACCAGAUCUUCCGGGAUGAGCUCCUGGGUCAACACUGCGACACGAAUCACAUCACUUACAACACCCUCAUCGGUGGCUUCUGCAAGGCCGGAGAUAUGGAGCGAGCAUUCCAGCUACUAGCGGAGAUGAAAGAAAGGGGCCACUCCCCGGACGUGGUCACACACUCCUCGAUCGUCCAAGCUCUCUGCAACACGGGAAAUCUCUCGCGAGCGAUGCAGUACUUUCGGGAGAGCGUGGAGUGCGCUCCAGACUCGGUGCUCUUCAACAUCCUCGUGCACGGCCUGUGCAAAGCGAACCAGCUCUCCGAGGCUCGCCAGAUGAUUGAGGAGAUGAGCGAGCGUGGAAUCGUCCCCGAUGUGGUGACUUACAAUUCGCUCAUCGAUGGUCUUUGCAAGAGCUACCGGAUGGAGGAAGCUCGCCAGCUCCUAGAGACGAUGGUAAAGCGAAAGACAGGUUGCACGGGGCUCGCUCACCAGCUGAUCGAGAGGAUGAUCCAGUCUGGAACUCAUCCCGACGUCGUGACUUUCAACAGUCUCAUCUCCGGGUUUUGCCAGAAGAGCAAGAUCGACAAAGCUUGCGAGGUCCUCCACCUGAUGAAGAAGGGACUUUGUGCGCCAAACUUGGUGACUUACAACGUUCUCAUCAGUGGUCUCUGCGACGCCGGGAGAGCAAACGAGGCUUGCGAGCUGCUCAGCGAGAUGGAUGGCCGGGGGAUUCUCCCUGACAUCAUCACUUACAACAGCCUCAUUGGGAUCUUCUGCCGGAACUUCCAGAUCGAGCAGGCCUUCCAGAUACAAAACUUGAUGGUGGAGAGAGGAGUGAUCCCGGAUGGCAUCAGUUACUGCACGCUCGCGGUGGCUUUACUCAAGUCGGAGAGAUUUGACGAGGCUUUUGCUCUGCUCGACAACAUGUUUGACGCCGGAGCUAUCCCCAAUCUCUUCACUUUCAACAGCCUGAUGGAGGGGCUGUGCUGCUCGAGAAGAUUGGACGAGGCGAGGCAUCUCUUGGCUGUGAUGAGACGAGUCGGGUGUGAUCCAGCGGCAUCGACUUACGAGGUUCUAGUGACCGGGCUUUGCAAGGCAGGGAGAGUGGACGAUGCAAAGGAGGUUUUGGUGAUGAUGGUGAGCGAGGGGAUCCAACCUUUGGUGUCGAGCUCUGGCACCAUUGUCCAUACGCUCGCCAGGGAAGGGAAACAAGAUCUGGCGCUCCACUACUUCGAUCAGGUGGUGGCGGCGGAGAGUAAAGCUUGUGAUCCAUCAUAUCAGAAGCUCCUCGAGUUUGUGAAGGUGUUGCGUGAAGGCAAAUCAAACUCUUGAAAGUAAACUUUUUGGGGUGUGUGUGCAAUGUCAGCAUCCAGUUCUUUUGAGAUUCAA